AUGACACGAACCAAACAACGACGAGUCUUUAAAAAGCUUAAGAAAGAAGCUAAAGAGACCAAACAUGAAGAGAGUUCAACUGUUAAUAAUUAUGCUUAUUAUACCAGCAGUUCAGACGAAGAAAGCUCAAAACAGAUAACACGAAAAAAGACUUCCAAUAACGAAGGAGUUAAUAAAGUUUCAGUAGCUACUCAAACUGAUGAUAUUAUAUCUACUACGCAAGACGAGAUAAAAAAUGAUAAUUAUGCGAAGAAUUUACAUGUGAAUACCGAUGUUUACCUUGUUCCACAAGUUCCGAAGCUUCCUAAAACUCUUGAAGAAAAAGAGUCGACACGUAGAUUAAUCGUUGUAUUGGAUAAAGCAGAUUUAAAAACCUUUAAAGUUUCUAAUUCUAAACCAUCACAAUACCAAUUAGCAAAUGGCGAUGACCAUCAAGCAACUUUAAGAAAGUUAGGAAGCGAGAUUUGUAGACCAGAUAUAACACAUCAAAAGUUGACUCCUUUAAAUAAAGCUGGAUUAAUGCAAAUUUAUAUUCACACGGUAAAUGGUGUAUUAAUUGAAGUCAGUCCUCAUGUUAGAAUACCAAGAACGUUCAAACGUUUUUCUGGGUUGAUGGUACAACUUCUUCAUAAAUUGUGUAUUCGUUCGGCGGAUGGAAACGAAAAAUUAUUACGAGUUAUAAAAAACCCCAUUACAAAUUAUCUUCCUACAAAUUGUGUUAAAUUAACACUUUCAUAUGAUGCUCAACCUGUUCGUCUUUCCCAAUAUUUGCCAACUUUACCCUCUGAUCAUUCAAUUUGUGUUGUCGUCGGGGCUAUGGCUCAUGGUAAUGAUGACUUCGCUGACAAUUGGAUAGAUGAGAAAAUUGGAAUUUCUCAAUAUCCUCUUUCAGCAGCAGUUGCAUGUUCUAAAUUUUGCUGUGAAUUAGAAUCUUUUUGGGGAAUUUGGUGA